AUGGAACGGGUUAACAAUGGCGGAGCGCUGGCGAUUGCUGAAGCACUCAGAGUGAACAAGACGGUGACUACACUCAGUCUACGCAACAAUUUCAUUGGCCAUGCUGGUGUUCAGUCGCUUAGGAAGGCGCAGACAGUCAACUGCAGGCGUUCACUUACCUUCGACUUCCAGAGAGACCCUCUUGCACUCUCCUUACUGCCGCGCUUCGAAACUGCCGAGAACACUCAGACCGUGUUCAACCUGCUGAUCAGCGGACCGGAGAUGAAGGAUCAAUUCGCGACUCUGCCGGCCCUGCCGGUCGAGAUUGCCGAACUCAUUAUGGACGAAGCGUCUUACUGGCAGGGCGAGCAAUGCGCUCAACAUUUAUCCUUCUAUCCUAGGGCAUUUACAGUGCCUCGGAACGUCAAUGGAGCGUCGAUUCGUGUGAAAACCAUUCAAGCGCUUCGUGACAGAAAAAUACCUCCCGAUGUAUUUGACGAUCAGUCCGGCGAGUCAUCCCAUCAUCCGACAAAUGCGCGAGGGUUGGACGGUUGA